AGGAAGCAGACUCACCACACAUUCGAAUGAGCAUUCAUCAUUACACUUCCGGUACAUUUCCUGUGCACUAGAGGCUUAGAACAAUAGCACUAUUCACUUCUGUUCAUUUUCGGGCGGAAAUCACUUCAGAUUGAUCUGUGUGGUGUAUCAAUUCACCAAAAAGAGGACAGAGCACAUCUAUGACCAACCAAAAUUUGCUGUUGUCUUUUUCAGGGUGAGGGGACAUCACUGCUGGGAAUAUCAUUUGUGAAGUGUUAUUGCGAAGUAUCGCCCAAGCUCUCUUGCAUUAUUCAAGAAUGGAUAAUAUGCAAAACGUGGACAAAAUGGAGGAAUUAACUAAGCCUGAGAUGGUCACUCCCAAGGGCUUUCAGACUGUUGCACAGAUUAAGAGUUUUGAAAUUCUACCAGGUGGAGUUGUAAAGCCACAAUUUGUCAAUGUAAUAGGAUUUGUGAUGGAUCAUCAACCUCCUAUCAAAACCAAGGGGACAGACUUCAAAUGCAGUUUUCAAAUCAAAGAUUAUUCCUCGCGAUUUGAGCGCUUCGGCUUGAGGAUGAGUGUUUUUUCAACAGAGGACAAGAUGCCACGAAUCCAGAAGCCAAGGGAUGCCGUACUUAUCCGUAGUGCAAAGGUUCAAUUGCGUAAUGGGGAGAUACAGUUACUAUCUCACUUUAGUACCGAAUACCACAUACUCUGUGCUGAGGACAUUCCUAAAGCUAUUUUCCCCGUCACCAAAGCUUCGUGGAUUUCAACACCACCAGCAAGAUGCCGACGUCCAGAACCAAUCGAGACUAAGUAUGUGGUAUGGUCAAAUCAACAUCUUGAUGAAGUUGAGUUUCCUGGUACUCAAGAAUUUCAGGAAAAGGCAAAAAAAGCUUUGCAGGUCAGGGAUAAGUUUAGUCUACUUAAAGAUGUUAAAGACGGCUCGUUUCACGAUAUCAUAGGCGAAGUGAGAAAGAUUUAUGGAGCUAACAACGAUAUGGUCACCGUUUACUUUACCGACUACACAGCUCACUCUAAGUUUUACAACUAUACAUUACCCGGACUAUCGAGUGUCGUGACGGAAGGUCGCGAUGGCGAUGAAUAUGGAUAUAUAAAAGCAAAACCGAAGGACGAAGCAAAAGAAUGGAAAGGUCCGUUCGGAAAAAUGACCAUUCAGCUCACACUAUUCGACGCCCAUGCCAUGUUUAUUCGAGAGGAAAAUAUCAAGGAAGGCCAGUGGCUUCGCUUGACUAAUGUCCAAUUUAAAUUAGGCAAUGCAGGUCUCAUAGAGGGUAAGCUUCGUGGCGAUCGAGGAGCAUCCGAUGGUAAAGUUCAGGUCGAGAUCAUGAAAACUUCUGAAGAUCCCCAGAACAAUGAUCCCAGAUGGAAAGACUGCCUUCGACGAAAGCGUGAUUGGACCCAAAAGCACGAAAAAGAAAGAAAGAGACUCCAAGAAGAAAUUUCUGGGGCAGGAACAAAGCGCAAAGCAGAGGGACAAUCAAGCGGGAAAAAUUCUAAAGCGCGAAGAAAAGAGUCGCGAGCCAAGGCAGGGGCCAAAAGUGCUUCCAGCGAGACGAAGGCUGUUAAAGGUCUUGACUUGAACGAAAAUGUGAUGUUACAUCCUGCUCUGACUGCAAGAGACAUAAUGCCAUUAUCAAGUAUUCUGCAACGCACGUCGCCCAUCUCUUCAGAUCCCAAAUUCGCGGGAAUCAACACACCAUUCGAGAAUAACACCUACAAAGCAAAUCUUCGGGUUGUAGAUUACUUACCUCACGAUAUUGCUGACUUCGCAGUUGGUCGAAAAAUCAGCGAAUUCGAUGUGUUAUCUGAUUAUAGUGGUGAUGAAGAUGAUGAUCCAACGGAAGAUAUGCAAAGCUUCCGCGAAGGCAAGGGUUACGUAGAAAGGAAAUGGGAAUGGUUUUUCUCGCUUGUAGUCGAAGAUGCAAAUCCAGAUGCUUCUAAAGAGAGAGCUAUCCUCAGGGUAGAGAAUUAUGAUGCGCAGAUGUUACUCAAUCUUCAGGACGAUGCUUGCAACCUACGAACAAAUCCAGGAAUGCUCAGAGAUGUUAAAGAAACACUCUUUAGGCUCUGGGGAGAUUUAGAAGAGCAAAAAUCUGCUCUUCUUUUACAGAAAGCCCGCAAGAAGUCAGAAAUAGAAAAAGUGGCGCCCGAGGCUUCCAGGGCCCCAGAUUCUGAUUCUGAAGACGAAGGAAAUGAUCUUAGGAAAACUAAUCAUAGUCUCCCAGUCGACUCAGAUGACGAAGCCGGUGAUUUGACCCGACAAAAGAAACCCAAAGGAUCCAAGAAACCUGUCGUGCUCGGGGAGACAGAUGCAAAUAUCGAAGUUAACAAGAAGGCCGAACAGGUGGAGAUACCACAAGAACUUAAGCCCAAAAACAAGCCUUUUCAGUGUUAUAUAAAAGAAUAUGGUAUCAAAGUGAAGGAAGACGACCCAUUGAAAGCGAACGCCGGUCACGGAAAGAAGUGGCUGAGGGUAUUUGGACUGUAUUAUACUAUAAUUCGUUAAUCGCCGGCCUCGGGAAUGGACUUAGUAUGUAUGAUCAAGAGCUUGAGAUUUUGAUAUCAUGUCUCCAUAGGUUGGUUCUCACCUGAUUGCGGGGGAUGAAUAAGUUCUUGGGAUGGAAGGAUUGAGAAUUAUGAGAAUGUGAAGAAGAUUGUCGAUGCGGUGGAGGCGCCGAAGAAACAGUUUGAUGGAGCGUGGAGGAUAGAUUCGGAGGUGUCGUUGAGAAGGUGUCAGGAGUGAACGAGAUAGGCGGUGAGAGAGUUGACGGAGAAGGGCAUCUUAGAGUGUAUUGGAGAUAGCGAUGAAGAGUGUUGACUUUGGUGGUUUUGUUGCACAUUUGUGAGGUUUGGCUAGAAGAUAUUGAAUCUUGCUUCAUGACAGUUUGCUUUCCUUGUGGACUUGUUCUUGUAUAUCUCGUCAACAGUAGUCAAUAAGUUGUGGCCGUGAAAAGUAUACUGUACUAUCACCGCUCUUUUGGAAUCGCUUCUCAUACCUACUCAAUGACACGGUUGAGUCUAGACAAGACAACCAAUAUAUACAAGA